AUGGCGGAAGGGCUACGGCGGAAGGAAGGGAAAAGGUGCGGUUUCUGGUAUGUUCUUGUUGGUAGACUGGAGGAAGCUAAGGACAUCCUGAUGGCAGCAGAUGUGGAUCCAGUCAAGUUGGAGCAGCUGAGACUUUAUGUGAAUGAGAAGCACUCAGUCUUGAAGAAACUUGAUGAAAUAUUGGAGCUUCUGGUUAGUCAUUUAGCUAAAGAUGCCAUUGCCGGAUUGACACUAACUGAUGCUAACUAUGACGAAGCAAUCAAGGUUUUGAACGAUCAAUUUGGGAACAAGGAGAAGAUUAUAUCCAAGCAUAUGGAAGAUGGAGUGCCAUACAAGAGAGCUAAGAUCUUUGGGGUGUCGGAGGAAGCAUACAAUUGUUUAUUACCUCCUCUGAUUGUGAAGAAGCUUCCUAGGGAAGUUGUAUUGUCUAUUAGUCGUAAGAUCCCUGAGGAUGAAUGGAGUUUGAGUAAGAUAAUGAGUGAGUUGAGUGUUGAGUUGAAGGCACGGGAACGUACGUAUGACGCGAGUGGCGGUGAUAAUCAUAGUAGGCAAGCCAAGAGCAAGGAAUACAGGCAUGCCAAUCAGAAGCGCUCACAUGUACCACCAACCACAUCAGCAUUUUUUAAUCCAGUUGGGAGCAUUAUUUAUUGUAAGGGAGCUCACAAUGCAGAUGAGCGUUCUAAGGUGACUAAGGUUGAUGAGAGAAAACAGCUUUUGAGAGAUGCUGGGCGUUUUUUUGUUUGUACUAAGCAAGGUCAUCUUAGCAGGGGUCGUAGAUCUAGCAGUAGAUGUAGUGGAAGCCAGCGAUCAUUUAUUACGCGACAGGCGAGAGAGAGACUGCCACUUACAGCAUGCGGGCGCAAAGAGUUAUUUAUUUCAACGUUUGCGGCUAAACGCAGUAAAUCACAAGUGUGUGAUGUAGUCAAGGCUGCUGUGAAGAUGAAAGAUGGCGGAGAAGUAUUACUUAGUUUUUUCACUGUACCGAAGAUUUGUGAGCCUAUUAAUUGUACACCUAAUACAGACUUGAAUCAGUAUGAGCAUUUGUGUGAUAUUGAGCUAGCGGAUUACACGAGCGGUAGUGAAUUGAUUGAAUUUGACGUGCUAAUAGGACUAGACCAUUACUGGGAUAUUAUCAAAGGAGAAGUAGUCAGAAGCAGUACUGGUCCUACAGCAGUUCAUUCAUGA